AUGGCAGCAAUACCAGCCAACUCAUUCCCACAACCUCAAGUAUCAGGAGUCCCAUUGAAUGUGAAUACUCAGUCGCAGUAUGGGCAAAAUAACUACACCGCGACAUCAAGUAUGUAUGGUGAUUCACCUAUAGAUGGUUAUCCACAGGGAAUGAAUUAUCCUGGAGGAGGAGCCGGCGGUGGUGUCGGCGGUGGUGGCAGUGGUGAAUUUGAUAGACAAAGUAGGAUCGUUAGUCAACCUGCAGCUUUACUAGAUCAAUCCCAUUUGAGACCAGGGAAUCAAGCGGAAUUACUAUCACAAGAUCGGACAUUACAGUUAUAUCGUGAAAAUGCCAAAAAAACCAAUGAUCCAGAAUUAAUAUUUGAAUUUUCAGUUUUCAUGAUUGAUGCUGCAAAAUCAAUGGUACCGCCUGAAUUAGAAUCUGAUCCAUCACCACCACCUACAACGACCAAGUUGAUAGAAAAACGUGAAGAAUUGAUCAAAGAAGCAACUGCUUUACUGAAAAGAUUAGCGGAUAGAGGUUAUCCAGACGCUCAAUAUUUCUUGGCAGAUUGUUAUGCAAAUGGAAUCGGAACUGUCAGGGGUAGACAAGAUUUCGAUAGGGCGUUUCCUUUAUUUAUUCUGGCGGCUAAACAUGGUCAUCCAGAUGCCUGUUAUAGAGCAGGUACUUGUUGUGAACACGGUUGGGGCUGUAGAAGGGAAAGCGCAAAAGCUGUUCAGUACUACAAAAAAGCUGCAGUCGCAUUACAUCCAGGAGCAAUGUAUCGACUGGGAACAGCAGAAUUAAAUGGAGCUUUAGGUUUAAACAGAAGACCUAAGGAAGGUGUCAAAUGGUUAAAAAGAUCAGCUGAACACGCAACGGAAGAAUUCCCACACGCAUUACAUGAAUUAGCUUUAUUGCAUGAAAGAGGAAUAGACAAUGUCUUAUUCGUCGAUUUUGAAUAUGCCGCUGAAUUAUUGGCUCAAGCUGCUGAAUUAGGUUAUGCACCUUCAGCAUUCAAAUUAGGUGAAUGUUAUGAAUAUGGUAAAAUGGGUUGUCCAGUCGAUGCUGCUUUGAGCAUACAUUACUAUAACAUCGCCGCUCAACAAAAUCAUAGAGAUGCCUGUUUCGCCCUCACAGCUUGGUACCUCGUUGGAUCGCCUGGUGUCUUACCCCAAUCAGACACGGAAGCUUAUUUGUGGGCUAAGAAGGCUGCUGAGAUGGGAUUAGCAAAAGCUCAAUAUGCUGCUGGAUACUUCACCGAGACUGGAAUUGGAAUCGAAGUGAACGCUCAAGCAUCUAUGAAAUGGUACGAGCUCGCAGCCGAAGGAGGAGAUAAAAGAGCUACCAAACGAUUGGCCGCCGGAUACAAAUCAGGUGGAGGUGCAGCUUUAGACAGAAGGUUAGAAAUGGAAGCUAUGAAAGAAGAACAUCAAGCUAAAGGUGGUAAAGAUAGUUGUAUAGUGAUGUAG